GGCCGAAUGGUCAAAUGGUCAACCCUUAAAAACGUGUUUGGUUGGUUGGCCGGUACUGUUUCCUUUCAUAAUUAGCGACACGUGCACAUUGUCUUUGAUUUCUGCUACACUUUAAUCAUGUUUUUCCGACAAUUACGCGUUUCAUGUAGUCAUAGCAUUUGGUUACAUAAAAAGAAAUAGGCUGAGAAGAACCAUGCAUUCGCUCAAAUAUAGCAUUAUUUUUAUUUCUCUAAUCAGUUUUGUGAAACUUGGUGAUUUUUCAAAAUGUAAGCGAUGCAAGAGAGAAGUUGAGGGAAAUUCUACAGAGAAGACAUUAUCGUUUCUAGCAGAUGGAGAUCCCCAGGGGUUAUUCGCCACCCCAAAAGUCUUGCACAAAACCUGGAAAUUAUUUGGAGUGAAAUCAAGAUCAGAAAUCGUCAAGAAAGGAAAAUACUUUGUUGAAUAUCUCAAAGAGUUUGGAAUUGAUGCAAGCAGUUUGACAGAUGAGCAGCUGUACCAAGGUCAACCUGUAGAUUUGGGAGAUUAUACGUUUUUUGCGUUUGUCUUAAAAUCUAAGCUUAGGACAGUGACUGAGACAAUGCCGCAUCGACGUGUGAAAUAUUACAAGAACACAUAUCUUAGCGAAAUUGGAUUUAUAGCAACAACCAAAAGACCAAUCAACCUAACAGGAAGAGAAUUUGUAGAAUAUCUCAAAGAGUUUGGCAUUGAUGUGAGCAGUUUGACAGAUGAGCAGCUGUGCCAAGGUCAACCUGUAGAUUUAGGAGAUUAUAAAGUCUUUGCAUUUAUCUUAAAAGCUAAGCUAAGGACAGUGACGGAGACAAUGCCACAUCGACGUGUGAAAUAUUAUAAGAACACAUAUCUUGUAGAAAUGGGAUUCGUAGCAGUUGCCAAAAGACCAAUAGGAAAAUGGAAUGGAACAAUUCCAAUAGGGGGAGGUUUUUUUACCACUAAUUACCUCUUACCUAACAAUGAAUGUGACUUCAUUGAAGAGCCGGAUAUCAUAGAAGGACGUGCAUUGUGGCCAUUUUACAUUGAGAACGGGUUUGGCUACUUUGGGAUGGAUGUAUAUUCCAACAAAUAUGGGCAUGGUACGCUGAAGGGUGUAGAAAUUCAAUCGCAAACUUUCGUAGCAGCAAUAACAAUACGUUUUAC